AUGCUGCGGCAAGGCGAAACAUAUAAAGCAGGAGCAGCGGCAACGGCAACAUCAACAGCCACAUCAACAGCAGCAGCAGUAACAUCAACAGCAGCAACAUCCACAACGACAGCAGCAACAGCUGCCGCUAAAUUGACAACAGUGGUGCGUUUGGCCGCCGAAGUGGCGGUUGGCAAACAGCUGCCAGCUUCACUGACUAUUAAAACACACAAACGGUAUGGCGUACAUCACAUACAGCCAUACAACAUCAGCCAAUACAGCAACCACGCCAACAACAAUGUCAAUCGAUUGCCGCGUGUUAAGAGUGUUGCUACUUCGGUGAUUGUAUCACCCGCUGCAGUUGUGGCCAAACCGUUGCCCACGACCCCGACCUCGACCACGACCACGCCACCCACCGCCAACAGCAAUAAUAAUAAUAAUAAUAAUGACGACGCAGCUGUUAACGACGUUGUUGACGAUGACAAUGAUGAUGAUGAUGAUGUACAAAUGGAAGACGUUACUGCUGCUGCCAAUGGAUUGUUAGCCUGGAGUCGAGCUGCUGCUGCGGGCCAGCUGUAGUUAUUGCUAAAAAGUGUCCGCCGUUUAACAAACAAAAUACAACAAAUUAAUGAAAAAUAAUAUGUAUAUGUAUAUACAUAUAUAUGUACAUGUAUAUAUAUAUAUAUAUAUAUAAAUGGUCUCUUCUUAUUUACUCUGCAUUAAAAAUGUGCAAACCUUAAACGUAACGGUAUCUCUUUUUAUUAUUAUUAUUAUUUUAUUUUAUUGUUGUUGUUGCUGCAGGUGUUGCCAACUGCCCAACAGCAAUUGUUGUUGCUAACAUUUGCGCCCUCGGCGACAUCUGCAAUAUUUGCAACAACAAUAAAUAAAUAAUAUAUAAUAUUAAUUAUUAUUAU